UAUCACUUCAUCAAACAAAUAUACUUAACAUAAAUAUGGCAAUUCCUGUGAUAGAUUUUAGCACUCUCAAUGGUGACAAAAGGGGUGAAACUUUGGCCCUUUUGCAUGAUGCUUGUAAAAAUUGGGGGUGCUUUCUGAUUGAGAACCAUGAAAUUGAGGGGAAACUGAUGGAAAAGGUGAAAAAGACAAUCAAUAGUUACUAUGAAGAAAAUUUGAAGGAAAGUUUCUACCAAUCUGAGAUAGUAAAGAGAUUGGAGAAAAAGAAGAACACCUCUGACAUAGACUGGGAAAGUGCAUUCUUCAUUUGGCAUCGUCCAACCUCUAACAUUAGACAAAUUCCAAACCUUUCUGAGGAGCUUUGCCAAACAAUGGAUGAAUACAUUGAAAAACUAGUUGAACUAGCAGAAAAUUUAUCAGAACUCAUGAGUGAAAAUCUUGGUUUAGAGAAAGAUUACAUAAAGAAAGCAUUUUCAGGAAGUAAUGGACCAGCUAUGGGAACAAAAGUAGCAAAGUACCCUGAAUGUCCAUAUCCAGAACUAGUGAGAGGACUAAGAGAGCACACAGAUGCUGGUGGCAUAAUCUUAUUGCUUCAAGAUGACAAAAUCCCUGGUCUUGAAUUCUUCAAAGAUGGAAAGUGGAUAGAGAUACCACCUUCAAAAAACAAUGCAAUAUUUGUCAACACUGGUGACCAAAUUGAAGUUUUGAGCAAUGGUUUGUACAAGAGUGUUGUCCAUAGAGUUAUGCCUGAUAAGAAUGGAAGUAGACUCUCUGUUGCUAGUUUCUAUAAUCCAAUUGGUGAUGCUAUUAUUUCUCCAGCUCCUAAACUUUUGUAUCCAAGUAGUUAUCGUUAUGGAGAUUAUUUGGAGCUUUAUGGAAAAACUAAGUUUGGUGAAAAGGCUCCUAGAUUUGAAUCCAUUAAGAAUAUGGCUAAUGAGCACUAGUAUUAUUACUACAAUCUUAUCUACCUUAAAAAAAAGCAUCCUAAUACCUUUGAUAUAUCUAUCUAUUUAAUUUUAUGUUGCAAAUUACUAA